CCCCCUCUUCGAUACAAAGAGACAAGUCACAACCGGUAAAUCAUGUCCAAAGCUGCUGAAUUCAUCUCCAAGAUUGCCAUCCCAGCAGGUAUUGCGAUCUCUGCUGCCCAAUAUGCGAUGUACGAUGUGAAGGGAGGCUCACGUGCCGUGAUCUUUGACAGAAUCAACGGUGUUCAACAGCAAGUUGUUGGUGAAGGAACACACUUCCUCGUGCCAUGGUUGCAGAAGGCUGUUGUGUUUGACGUACGUACAAGACCAAGAAACAUUUCCUCCAAUACUGGUACGAAGGACUUGCAGAUGGUGUCAUUGACGUUGAGAGUUUUGCACAGACCUGAUGUUCCAAAGUUGCCAACCAUCUAUCAGAACCUGGGUCUCGAUUACGACGAAAGAGUGUUGCCAUCCAUCGGUAACGAGGUGUUGAAGUCCAUUGUUGCUCAAUUCGACGCUGCUGAAUUGAUCACACAGAGAGAGGUUGUGAGCGCCAGAAUCAGACAGGAGCUAUCCGAGAGAGCCAAGGAGUUUAACAUCAAGCUGGAGGAUGUCUCCAUUACCCAUAUGACAUUUGGUAACGAAUUCACAAAGGCUGUUGAGCAGAAGCAAAUUGCCCAACAAGAUGCGGAAAGAGCCAAGUUCGUGGUGGAAAAGGCCGAGCAAGAGAGACAGGCCAGUGUUAUCAGAGCUGAAGGUGAGGCAGAGGCUGCUGAAUUCAUCUCCAAGGCACUGGACAAGGCUGGUGAUGGUUUACUGUUGAUUAGAAGAAUUGAAGCAUCCAAGGAAAUCGCACAGACCUUGGCAAACUCCAGUAAUAUCACAUAUCUGCCUUCGAAUGGUUCUGGUGCAGACCAAAGCUCCAAUCCAAACUCUUUGCUCUUGAACUUGGGCCGUUAAGUUGAGCUUGUAUUUAUAUUCCAUUGUACAUAGAUUUCACGAUUAUACUUGAUACAGAGCACUAUUCAAAGAAAGCCAACGUUGAUUGAUG